CGAAAGCGGAUUUCCGGCAUACUGUUGUUGUUUCAUGUGACUGCACAGUGCACAAGUAGUUUUCUUCUGAUUUAAAGGUCUUACAAAGCAGAAAGAAAACACACGGGACGGGUGAACGAUAACAAAACGGGACUUCUUUCCUGACUGUUUCACCAGUAGAUUAUUACUCAUGGGAGGGAGUGAUGAUGGCAGCAGAUCUAAGAGCAGACACAGAGAUGAGAGCAAAUCAAGAAGCUUGUCAUCAUCAAGCGCCAGGAGAUCCAGCCCAAGCCCCCAAAAGAAACGUGAACGUUCGACUGAGAGGAAAAAGAUGAAAAGGAGAAGUCCCUCCAGCUCUUCAUCAUCUUCUAGCUCCACUUCCCCAUCCAGAGAAAAAAAGGCUAAGAAGAAGAAGAAACGGCGAGAAGUUAAGAAACUGAAGCGUGAAAAGAAGAAGGAGAAAAAGGAAAAGAAGAGGCUGAAGAAGCUGGCGUUGAAAGCUGAAAGAGCAGCAGCUUCACAAUCAACUGCUGCUUCUGAUGAAAAACCUGAAACGUACCUGAAGACCUGGCAGAUUGAAGAAGCGAAAGAACACGGGCCUGUCAUGACUGAUGAACAGAAGGCCAGACUUUGCACCAAGAGACCAAUGACAAAGGAAGAAUACGAGGCCAGACAAAGUGUCAUCCGCCGCGUCCUGGACCCCGAGACAGGGCGGACCAGGCUUGUAAGAGGCGACGGGGAAAUUUUAGAAGAAAUUGUCAGCAAGGACCGACACAAGGAAAUCAACAAGCAAGCCACUAAAGGAGAUGGUGAUGUCUUCCAGAAGAGACUGGGCAUCAGUAGGUAGCAGGUGUCAAGUCCAAGCCAGUCCAAAAGCCUUCUCCUGCAUUUCUACAAGAAUUCAACUGUUUCUUCAUUUUUUAGCUACUUUAUAUUCCUCCCCAUUGACUACAUGUCAUUCCAGAAUGUCAUUUUGUCCUCUGAUACUGUAGAGGAAUGAGUACAUACAAUGCAUAAUCACUGUCCUGGCGUAACCUACAGGUUACAGAGUUGAACAGUAUUUAGUAGUUUGUAACAGGGCUGCCAAAAGCGGCUAAUUAACCCCAUUUAUUUGAACGCAGUUUACGUAUUCAAUAUCCAUCAAAGUCAGAGCAGGAAGAGUCUGUAUCUCAUUAUUUGUUGAUGUAGAAAGACUUUCUUAAUGGCUAAUUUAUUUGUAAAUAAGGUCAUUUGCAGUCUGUUAGUGUUCAUUAGCACCGAAGCUCAGCAUCUCUUAAAUAUCAGCUGAUGGUAUUAGAGAGAACAUCAAUAAAAUAUCUUUCUUACA